UUUCCUCAGCGGGGCUUCCCCGAGGACAGGCUAAAAUCCGGUGGUGGUGGCAGCGGGGCUGCUCCCGCGGGUCUCCCCCGGGAGAGGCACGGUGUCCUUGGCACACCGCCUGCCUUCUCCUGGCCGGAGAAUGAACGCGCCGCCGCCGCAGGAGCUACAGCACUGGAAUGAAUCUGCCUCUCAGUGCAUCCUAACUCGUUCAGCUUCCCAGAUGCAGUGAGCCUGCGGGACGGAAGACUUCUCUAUGAGCAGCAGAUCUCAAGCCCACUGUUAAGGCAGACAACUGUUCAGGUGUCGUGCUUGGAAGCAGCAUCUUAAGUAGCAUACUGGAGGCUCAGAUUGAAGUGCAAGCAGCGACUGUGAGGAAGAGGCAAGCACUGACUCCCUGAACAUGGCAGAAGCUCACCAAGCAGUGGCUUUCCAGUUCACAGUAACUCCAGAUGGCAUCGACCUGCGGAUGAGCCAUGAGGCACUCAAACAGAUUUACCUGUCUGGUGUCCAUUCCUGGAAGAAAAAGUUCAUCAGGUUCAAGAAUGGAAUUAUCACUGGUGUUUACCCUGCAAGCCCAUCCAGCUGGCUGAUCGUGGUGGUGGGGGUGAUGUCCACAAUGUAUGCCAAGAUUGACCCUUCCUUGGGAAUCAUCGCCAAGAUUAACCGCACGCUCGACACCACUGGCUACAUGUCCAACCAGACGCAGAACGUGGUCAGCGGGGUUCUGUUCGGCACAGGGCUGUGGGUCGCCCUCAUCGUCACCAUGCGCUACUCCCUCAAGAUGCUGCUGUCCUACCACGGCUGGAUCUUCUCUGAGCAUGGCAAGCUCUCUGCAGGCACCAAGCUCUGGAUGGCACUAGUGAAGCUCUUCUCAGGACGCAAGCCCAUGCUGUACAGCUUCCAGACUUCUCUGCCACGGUUGCCAGUUCCAGCUGUUAAAGACACAGUCAGCAGGUACCUGGAGUCAGUUCGUCCUCUGAUGGGUGAUGAAGACUUCCAGAGGAUGGAAGGGCUUGCCAAAGACUUUGCAUUUAAUUUAGGACCAAGGCUUCAGUGGUACUUGAGGCUAAAAUCCUGGUGGGCCACAAACUAUGUCAGUGACUGGUGGGAGGAAUAUAUCUACCUGAGAGGACGUGGACCAAUUAUGGUGAACAGCAACUAUUUUGCAAUGGACUUCCUUCACUUGUUCCCCACAAGGGUGCAGGCAGCCAGGGCUGGCAAUGUCAUCCAUGCCAUCCUGCUCUAUCGGAAGAAACUGGACAGGCAGGAAAUCAAGCCAAUCCUGCUGCUGGGCUCCACCGUGCCGCUGUGCUCGGCGCAGUGGGAGCGCAUGUUCAACACCUCCCGCGUCCCGGGGCUGGAGGCAGAUGCUCUGCAGCAUGUGAAAGACAGCAAACACAUUGUUGUGUAUCACAAGGGCCGCUACUUCAAGGUGUGGCUGUACCACGACGGCAGGCUGCUGAGGCCCCGCGAGAUCCAGCAGCAGAUGCAGAGGAUCCUGGACGAUGACUCGGAGCCUCAGGCUGGGGAAGAGAAGCUGGCAGCUCUUACAGCAGGAGACAGAGUGCCGUGGGCUAGAGCUCGGCAGGCGUAUUUCAGCCACGGCAAGAACAAGCAGUCCUUGGAUGCCAUUGAGAAGGCAGCAUUCUUCGUGACACUGGAUGACACUGAGCAAGGCUACAGGAAAGAAGAUCCAGUGAGGUCUCUGGAUGCCUAUGCCAAGUCAUUAAUCCAUGGCAGAUGCUAUGACAGGUGGUUUGAUAAAACAUUCACCCUGGUAGUCUUCAGAAAUGGCAGAAUGGGCCUGAAUGCAGAGCACUCGUGGGCAGAUGCUCCUAUUGUUGGACACUUGUGGGAGAACGUGAUGGCAACAGAAUACCUGGAGCUGGGUUAUACAGAAGAUGGGCACUGUAAAGGAGAGAUCAAUCAGAACAUUCCUGUCCCUACCAAACUACAGUGGGAAAUUCCAGAAGAGUGUCAAGAGGUGAUUGAGAGGUCUCUGAGCACAGCCACGGCUCUGGCAGAUGAUGUGGACUUCUGUUCAUUUCUCUUUGAUACUUUUGGGAAGGGGCAAAUAAAGAAGUCCAAAACCAGCCCUGAUGCCUUCGUGCAGCUUGCCCUGCAGCUGGCUCACUACCGGGACAUGGGGAAGUUCUCCCUGACGUAUGAAGCCUCCAUGACGCGCCUGUUCCGCGAGGGCAGGACCGAGACCGUGCGCUCCUGUACCGUGGAAUCCACUCACUUUGUCCGUGCCAUGGAGGACCCAGCUGAGAGUACUGAAACAAAGCUGAAGCUCUUCCGCUCGGCUGCUGCCAAACACCAGCUCCUGUAUCGCCUCGCCAUGACCGGCGCGGGCAUCGACCGCCACCUCUUCUGCCUCUACGUUGUCUCCAAGUACCUGGCUGUAGACUCUCCUUUCCUCAAGGAAGUCUUGUCAGAGCCUUGGAGGCUAUCAACGAGUCAGACUCCACAGCAGCACAUUGAUCUGAAGAAGAACCCUGAGAUGGUGUCCUGUGGUGGAGGAUUUGGGCCGGUGGCUGAUGAUGGCUAUGGUGUUUCUUACAUUAUCUUGGGUGAAGAUUCCAUUCACUUCCAUGUCUCCAGCAAAGUCUCCUGCUCUGAGACGGACUCUCACCGCUUUGGGCACAACAUCAGGCAGGCCAUGGCUGACAUCAUGACCUUGUUCAGCUGCAGCCAGAACUGCGCCAAGUGACGGCCCAGAGCCUCCUCUGCACGGGAGAGCUGCGCUGCAGCGCCAGCCGGAGCCAGGGGCAGCAGACAGCAGCUGCUGGAUACACCGAGUCAGCAUCUUCUGAGCACCUAGGAAAACCUUAGCAGUGCAGCAAAUGUUUCUUGCUUUUUGUUGUUGUUGUUUUUUUGUGUUUCAGUAGUUUGGAAGAGUUUUCUUUCCACAAAGGAUGACUUGGGAACUGCUGUGUGCGUGGCCAUGAAGUGUGGAACCCCCAGGCCAAGUCUUGGCUGGUUUGACUCCUGCCUUUUGCUCUCCAGUUGUAUGCAUCUGACCUGUUUUAUUUCUGCAUCAAAUUAAGGCUCCUUCUGGUCCAGAACCCGAGGGAUACAACGACCCUGUCUGAAGUAACUGGGAAAAGGUUGAUCAUGUUCUCAUGUUUCAAUCUGACUCACUGGCACCAAGCAGCAAGAAGCAAAAGUUG